AUGAGCACUCCCAGGACGAGAGGCCCCGGUUCAGGACCGGCACCCCACGAAACGGGCACCCCCCCAGCCCUGGAGCGGCACCCCCUGGCCCAGGAUCCCGGCACCCCCCGAAAUGGGUUCCCCCGGAGCGAGAGCUCACCCGGCCUAAGUUUGGCAUCCCCCAAAGCGAAAGCCCACCGAAAUGGGCACCUCCUGGAGAGAGAGCCCCCCGGCUCGCAGCGGCAUCCUCCAAAACAGGCACCCUCCGGAGCGAAAGACCCCCGGCCCAGGACCGACACUUUUGGAGCAGGCAUCCCCGGAGCGAGAGAACCCCCAGCUCGCACCAGCACCUCCGGAAAGGGCAGUCCCCAUCGCGGGACUCGCACCCCCAAAAAGGGACUCCCCGGAGUAAGAACCCCCCAGAAAGGAAUUGACGCCUCCCGGAGCGGGCGGCCCCGGAGAGAGAGCCCCACCGGUCCAGAGCCGGCAGCUCCCCACCAGCCGGGGACAAACACUCCCCAGAUCAGCCUCCCCGACUCCCCCAGUCAUCCCCCCCCGCCACCCACCUCCCGGUUGUGCUGCACCAGCGGCUCCACGGCGCACAGCCCCAGCACCACCAGCCCCCGCAGCAGCUCCGCGCUGCUCUUGCUGCGGAACGCCUCGCGCGAGUCCCCGAAAUCCACGGCGGGCGGCGGCGGGUCCCGCUCCUCGCCCCGCGGAGGAGGCGGCUGCCCCGGCCGGGGUCCCCUACCCGCCGGCGGCGCGGCCCCGCGGGGAGCGGCGGCGGACGCGGAGCGCGGGUGGCGGGAAGGGUCGCACAGGCGGACGGCAGCGCGGAGCGCCCGGGCGGCUCUCGAGAAAGCCAUGAGCACGGCGGGGCCCCCGCCCGCCACCGCGUUAAGUACCGCCCGCCCGGCACCGCCCCCGGGGCUCCCGCCGCCACGGCCCUGCUCCGCCCCACCCCGGCCCCGGCACUGGGACGACGACGGGUACCGGGACCUCGACUGA